UCUGCGCCUCCUGCUCCGGCCCAGCUGCACCCCAACUUCCUCCCGCCUGCCGACGAGCCAAUCCCACAGCCUUCACUGCACUCCGGGAGACUGACCUGGUAUCUUCUACAACACGUGGGCAGUGUCUGCAAUUGCACCUGUGCGUCCCUGGAAACCCGACAGCUGCUCAUCCCGGACGCUCUUUCCUGGCCCCCAGCCCACAAACGCUCUGACAUUGACCGGGAGGAUGCUUAAGUGUCCAGUCCAUGGUAUGCUUCCAAUUUACCAUCUGCUGUUGUGUCCCGAACCUCUUUGUCCAGGACAUGUAUUCUUCUGAGAAACCUUGGACAGCAGAUUUUGGUUUACUAUCUGAUUGGGACAGCCUACAGAGAUAUUUCCAGUCAUGAAUUCGGACCAGGAUGUAGCCCUCAAACUUGCCCAGGAGCGAGCCGAAAUAGUUGCUAAAUAUGACAGAGGACGAGAAGGUGCAGAGAUUGAACCUUGGGAGGAUGCUGAUUAUCUUGUUUACAAAGUCACGGACAGAUUUGGCUUUUUACACGAGGAGGAGCUCCCAUAUCAUAAUGCGGCUAUGGAACGGCAAAAACAACUGGAAAUUGAAAGAACGACUAAGUGGUUGAAAAUGCUAAAAGGAUGGGAAAAAUAUAAGAACACUGAAAAGUUUCAUAGGAGAAUUUACAAAGGAAUCCCACUCCAGCUCAGAGGUGAAGUCUGGGCUCUACUUCUGGAGAUCCCUAAAAUGAAAGAAGAAACAAGAGACCUUUAUAGUAAAUUAAAGCACAGAGCACGCGGCUGUUCACCUGACAUCAGACAAAUAGACCUUGACGUCAACCGCACAUUUAGGGACCAUAUUAUGUUUAGAGACCGAUAUGGUGUUAAGCAACAAUCCCUAUUCCAUGUUCUUGCUGCAUAUUCUAUUUAUAACACGGAAGUUGGAUACUGUCAGGGGAUGAGCCAGAUCACAGCUUUGCUCCUUAUGUAUAUGAAUGAAGAAGAUGCCUUCUGGGCCCUGGUCAAACUAUUCUCAGGCCCCAAACAUGCCAUGCAUGGCUUUUUUGUUCAAGGUUUUCCUAAACUCUUGAGAUUUCAAGAACAUCAUGAAAAAAUACUGAAUAAAUUUCUAUCCAAGCUUAAGCAACACUUGGAUUCUCAAGAAAUCUACACAAGUUUUUACACAAUGAAAUGGUUUUUUCAAUGUUUCCUUGAUCGUACUCCCUUUACACUAAACCUCAGAAUAUGGGAUAUCUACAUCUUUGAAGGAGAACGAGUUCUUACCGCUAUGUCUUAUACAAUCUUAAAAUUACACAAAAAACACCUAAUGAAACUGUCCAUGGAAGAACUUGUAGAAUUUCUUCAGGAGACCCUGGCAAAGGAUUUUUUCUUUGAAGAUGACUUUGUAAUAGAGCAACUUCAGAUUUCUAUGGUAGAACUGAAGCGCGCAAAAUUAGACCUCCCAGAACCUGGUAAAGAGGAUGAAUACCCACGGAAACCUUUGGGACAGCUCCCACCUGAAUCUGCUGGCAUCAGUCACCUGAGCAACGGACAAAGAAGCAUGGGCAGGUCAAGUCCCCCUCUGAACAGCAGAAGAGAGAGCAACUCUUCACCCCACAAAAAGCAAGAGCAUUCCCCUCACCAUCAAGGUCGAGUUGGCACACCAGAAAGAGUAAGGGCGCUGAGAAGGAAAUCCGUGGACGAAGACAGUAAAAAGCUUAAAGACGAAGCAGAUUUGCAAAGAAAACUUCCAUCGGGCCCACAAGACAGUUCAAGGCAAUAUAAUCACGCAGCUGCUAACCAGAACAGCAAUGCCACUUCAACUGUCAGGAAGGAAUUUGUGCCCAAGUGGAAUAAACCGUCAGAUACUUCAGCUAUUGAAAAAACUGCCAAAUAUGCCAUCGAAGGCAAAAGUAGGUCAGCACACCCCUCGCUCACAGCCACCGUCCCGAGUUCUGCUGAUACUCGGAUGUCGAAUGUGAGGCAAAAGAUGAGGGUUUGGGAUGUCGAUGAAGGGAAACGGGGCUCCAAUGCAUCCCAGUACGAUAACGUGCCUGAGAAUGAUAACAGCGCGUCUAUUGAAGAGGCACUAGAAAGAGCUUACUGUCACAGUCCCAGGAAGCACGUGGAGCCAGGGUCUAGUCCAUCAAGAGCCUCAAACAAGUUUACUUUUAAAGUGCAGCCUGCAGGUUACACAAAAUACCCGUCUCCGUUAGACGGGGAAGAUCGCAGGACAGCGCACCCACCCUCCUACAGUAACCCCCCUGUGUACCACGGAAAUUCUCCCAAACACAUCCCUGCUGCCGACAGCAGCUUUGCAUCUCCACAGUUUACCCGUGGGACUCCAGGGAAUCCUUCCAGGAGACCUUAUGGCUCUACUCUUUCAGUCGAUAUUUCUCCAGAGAAAUCUUACAGCCGCCCUCUUCCUCUUGUCCUGCCAUCCAGCCGAAUAGAAGUUCUUCCUGUGGAGACCGGUGCCGGCGGGUAUUCAGGCAAUUCGGAGUCACCAAAGAAUGGGAAAUUCAUCAUUCCUCCAGUGGAUUAUCUGCCGGAUAACAGAAAAUGGUCAGAAGUUAGUUACACAUACAGACCUGAGACUCACGGACAGCUGUGGACUCAAGAUGCUAACCGUAGCCACUUGAGCAAGUUACCAAAAUAUUCCGCCUUUCAGCAUGUUCCCUUUCAGGACCAUAGCCUCCCAGCAGUCUCAGUAGAUAGUCCAGUGCGAUACAGAACUUCACCAGGUUUAGAAGAUGCCGGUUCCUCUGGGUAUCAAUAUUCAGGGCCCUCGCCUCCAGGAUAUCACUACAGAAAUCGGGAUGGACUUUCUAUUCAAGAAUCAGUAUUGCUGUGAGAAUUUAUCUAUACUUGGUAAAGACAAGAGAAUAGAAACCAUUUGAAACCUACAUUGCUAUGUUUAUAAUUGCCAAAGCAGUAUUUCCUACUACUGUAAACAUCUCGCACAAUUCCAGUGUAUGCUAGUAAUAAGAAUAUGUAGAAGCGUUUCAUCCCCACGUAGAUGCUGCUUAAGAUGAGCAGUUUUUAAAUUGCAUCAUCACUGAAUCUGCUCAAAAGAAUUUAACAUGGAAACAUAGCAGUGGUGUUGAGGGAUGCACACAUGAUGAUAAUUCAUCACUCAGUUUCAUUUAUAUCUUUCUCCAAAACCUGAGCAUUUUUACUCCAUUAGCCCAUGCUAUUUUGAGAAACGUUAUAAAGCACUGAAAAACUGCAUAGAAUAGACAUUUUUAAGGCUAGAUGUAGUGUAUGUAUCUUUUAAUAGAUACCAAAAGGCCUCCGUGCACACACAUUUGAACACAAAACUAAAGAAACGUUAAAAAAACUAAUUUUAAUAUAUAUCCAUGGGAUAAUUUACUGUUCUUCCUUUCCUUAACUUAUCUUUCACUCAAGUUCCUCCCCCCCCCCCCCCCCAAUCUGUUUUUCACCCAGGUCCUAAAGUGAUGUAAGGGUCUGCCCCGACUUGAUUCAGCUUCUCUGCCAUUGCAGCCAUUUUCUUUCCAUCUGAAAAUUAAAGACACUGGAGAGCAAGGCUCACCACUUAAUGGUGCUUAAACAUCGGGGCACUCAAAGUAAGUUUAUGGCCAAAGGCGCGGCCGCGCUGCCCGUUGCAUCCACGCACCCUGAGAUCAGUGUCAGAGCAGCUUUAGUGCGUUCGGCGCCCUUUGUUCUGGUCUCUUGCAAAGCUCAGAGCAGAAUGUUCCUUGCCAGAUGCAAAGGAAGUGCCGAGGUCCUGCUCUCCAGUGGAUGCCAGCAGGAGGAGUUACUGAUGAGUGCGCCCUCACGUGGGGCAGCAGAGCAGCUCCUGUGAAGUUCAUUCGAAAGCUGGAUCAGCAGUAUGGUGACUUCUCACUUCUGCCCUUUCGAUUCCUGCAGGCCCAGGGCGUUCAUUUACACGAUCUUUUCCUGGCACUCUUUCUUUAAAGGCCCUAGUGGGUAUCACUGCCCUUGGGCCACUAAAUUAUCACUGUGCAAAAUUGUAAACAAUGAUCCUAAUUAUUAAUAGGAGUCUUAAGAUUUUAGUCUUUUUUAAAAACGAGUGUGACUUUCACACUUUCAAAAAUCUCCUUUUUUUCUUUCUCAGUGAAAAAAAUUCAGGUUCAUGGUUUAAAAAUGAGCAAUGUCUUUUAAAAUACUCUAUUACACUACAAUUACCAAAACGCUGGCAAAGUUUUGGGCACUCCCAGAAAGUAUGACUUUGUGUUUAACGGGAGAGCUCGUUUUCAGCAUACUUGCCUGGUGUUUGAAUAAUGAAGAGAGUAGGAUAAACCUAACGUCCAUGGCUCUUCUUGUCACAAGUUGGAGCUUUAAACUUUCAAGGUACCGAAGUAUAUCUUUUCAAAUGAGAGUAACAUUUGUUUAGCUAGUGAAUGUGACAAUAUUUUUUAUGUAUAUAAUGAGUCUAAUGUAAUUUUAAUCAACUCAGUAAUGAUGUUAUUAAAUGGCAAAACAAAUGCAGUGUGUUAGCAGCUAAGCACGACGCUGGAGCACAGAUAAAACCCUGCUGUCCCUGGGCUCUUGAUUCGGAUCACGUGGAGGCUUAGAAAGACAUGUAUAUGAUGAAAUGCAGCGAAGGAUAUUAGUUCGAAUUUUUAAACCAUGAUUCUGUGACUUGUAAUAAACCAAGCUGUACAAUUUAGGGUAUGAUGGCAGCAUCUGAGCUGUUCCAAAAUAUAUAUGUCAACAGUGGUAAAUACUGUAGAUUUAUAUAUAUAUAUAUAUAUAUAUAUACACAUAUAUAUAUAUAUGCAGAAUAUAUAUAUACACUAUUUUCUUAUGUCAUCUAUGACAUUUUUAUCUGUAUACUUUUUUUGAUGUGAUUGUUUUUAACAUGCUAAAAGUAAUAAGUAUAUUUUGUUUUGUGUC